GCGGCGGCGAACGCCGCGGUGGGGGCCGGUAGAGCGCGAGGCAGUCUGUCAGGAGGAGCAGCCGCUUGCCGGGUGGAAGGGCAGCCGAGAGAGCGAGAGAGAGAACGGAGGAGGGCGGGGCGACAAGGGGGCUCGUGGAAGAGAAGGAAGGCAAGAAAAGGAAACGAAGGCGGUCGCGUCUGAGGGGGGACGUGAGGGUAGCCAACGAGGGGGGCGGAGCCUCGCUUAUCUAGCCUCCGCAGCCGCCGCUUCGGCUUGUCCGAGAGCUUUCUCUCUCUCCCUCGCGCUCUCGCUCUCUUCCCCCCUCCCCCUUCCCCUGUGUGCCCUGUGGCCGUGUGGAGAUGGCGAUGCUGGAUCUGGCCCUGGAAGGACUCGCCGUCUUCGGGCUCAUCCUCUUCGUGGUCCUGUGGCUCAUGCACUUCAUGUCCAUCAUCUACACGCACCUACAACUCAACAAGAAAGCAACAGAUAAACAACCAUAUAGCAAGCUUCCAGGUGUUUCACUUUUGAAGCCUUUAAAGGGUGUUGAUCCUAACCUUAUUAACAACUUGGAAACCUUCUUUGAAUUGGAUUAUCCCAAAUAUGAAGUGCUUCUUUGUGUGCAAGAUCAUGAUGAUCCUGCCAUUGAUGUGUGUAAAAAGCUGCUUGGAAAAUACCCUAACAUUGAUGCAAGAUUAUUUAUAGGUGGUAAAAAAGUUGGAAUAAAUCCAAAGAUCAACAAUUUGAUGCCAGCAUAUGAAGUUGCCAAAUACGAUCUCAUAUGGAUCUGUGAUAGUGGCAUUAGAGUUAACCCAGAUACACUAACAGAUAUGGCCAAUCAAAUGACUGAAAAAGUGGGUUUGGUUCAUGGCCUGCCUUAUGUAGCAGAUAGACAGGGCUUUGCUGCCACUCUAGAACAGGUAUAUUUUGGUACUUCCCAUCCAAGGACAUACAUUUCUGCCCAUAUAACUGGCUUUAAAUGUGUAACAGGGAUGUCUUGCUUGAUGAGAAAAGAUGUUUUGGACCAAGCUGGAGGACUUAUAGCUUUUGCACAGUAUAUUGCUGAAGAUUACUUUAUGGCUAAAGCAAUAGCUGACAGAGGUUGGAAAUUUCAAAUGGCUUCACAAGUUGCAAUGCAAAACUCUGGAUCUUAUUCAAUUUCACAGUUUCAGUGCAGAAUGAUAAGGUGGGCCAAACUACGGAUUAACAUGCUUCCAGCUACAAUAAUCUGUGAGCCAAUCUCAGAAUGCUUUGUUGCAAGUUUGAUUAUUGGAUGGGCAGUUCAUCAUAUGUUCAGAUGGGACAUAAUGGUGUUUUUUAUGUGUCAUUGUUUGGCAUGGUUUAUAUUUGACUACAUUCAACUCAGGGCUGUCCAGGGCAGUGCUCUGUGUUUUUCAAAACUUGACUAUGCAGUAGCAUGGUUCAUCAGAGAAUCCAUGACGAUAUACAUUUUCCUCUCAGCUUUGUGGGAUCCUACUAUUAGCUGGAGGACAGGACGCUACAGAUUACGCUGUGGAGGCACUGCAGAAGAGAUCCUUGAUGUAUAGCCACAGCUUUGUGACUGUGUAUUUCAAGAAAAAAGAAAAAAGAAAGUAUUACAAAUUAUGUUUAUAUAUAUGCUUUUAAAAGAUCUACCUUCAAUAGUUUUAUUACCUGUAUGUUUUCAUAUCUGUUCUCUAAUUUAUUUUGCAUGGCACUUGCAUCUGUGAAAAAAAAUACAUCUAUAGUCUUGGCCAAAUGGUACCUUGUUUUUAUGUACAAAAUCAAAUCAAGAGGAUUGGUUCCAGGAUUCAUUUUUCUUAGGAAUGUUCUGCAGCAAGUUCUACAAACAGCAUCUUUCAGUAUAGCAAAAGCUACUCUCUAUUAAUCAAAGGACAUAAUUCACUGGGAAUAAAUUCUGCAUAGAUCCACUGAAAAAUCUAUGGGCUGUAUACCAAGCACAGCUAUGCGUUUGUCCCAAAUGGUCUUCUGGUCAUUGGACUGCAUCCACUAAAAGGCUAACAAUAUAAAUACAAGAGCGGAUAGCUUUGGAAAGCACAAGUGGUGGGGCACAAGGAGAGAAGCUUUUUAGAUGAUCUAUGCCUACCUCUUGCAGUUGCUGCAGAGCAAAUAUGAAUAGAUAACUUGGCUUUAGGAAUAGCAAAAUGUGUAUCUCUGUCUGGGUAUAUACAAGACAUGGGAACGUGGGAAGAAUUAGUGCUUCGAUGGGGGGCAUCUUUUGGCCAACUCUAACUGGUUCUGUCUGAACCAUUUUAAUCACUGUGCUGUAAUUAGCCUAGCUAAUCUUCUCCAUUCCCAUUCUGACUUUUUUAAAGGGAUAGUUAUGGGGAGAGGGGAAGCAUUUCAGAAACAUUUCACAUGUGACCUAUUUUCUUACUGUCUUCUUAAGAAUGUAACUUCAUGAAGCAGGUAUUUAUUAUCUUUUUUUAAAGUGGGCAUCUUUCUGUCUACACUAGUCAUCCUUAAGUAUCAAAUUGCAAUAGAUGUCAGUAUAUUAAAAGGCAAAGUGAAUUUGCUGUUACUGAUUUGAACUUGUAAGCUUUAAUUAUCAACUGGAUCUUCUUUUGGAAUUUUUCCUUCAAUUAAUCUGGUCUUUCAAUUGGGUUUUUGUAUGCAAGCUGUAAUUGCUAAAAGAAAAAAGACUAGAUAAUAACCAAUUUGUAAAUGCAUGCUGUUUCUCUCUCCUCACCCCCCAUCCCUUUUAACUCCGUUUGUUCUCCCACCUAUUAUUGGAUUGCUCUUAACAUGGUGAACUGGACUUGUUUAAAUGUGACUUUGAUCACAAAGCAAAUUGAGAGGGGCACUGCAUUAAGCCUUUUGUUUUUCUUUUGUAUUUGUACUUACGUUGCUUCUCCUCCCCCUCCCCCCCCCAAAAUGUGGGCAUGGCAUGUUAUCACCAUAAAGGACAUUUGCAAAAUGCAUUGCCAGUAAGACAGCUUUAAGUCCUUGGUUGUAACACUUCUGUGAUAAAGAGCAUAAUUUGUAGCAUUUUAGCAAUAAUUAUGAGUAUUUAUGGAAUUGGAUCUUUUUCCAAUUUACUGAGCCAGUGCAUUUAAUUGUCUGGUAUACACACAGUGUAAAGUAAUAGAGUGCGUGUUUGAGCACGCACAUUUUUGUGUGCAGACAAAUCCUAUGAAACAUUCCCCAGAGCUUUGUUUGCCUUAUGACAUUACAGAAAUUGUUUUGAAGGGCAUCUUUUCCCUUGAACAAAGGCUUUUAAUGCAUGUUUCAUUCUUUACAUGUGAAUCAGGAAGAGCUGCUUCCUGAGGAAGGUUGCAUAUUGCAAACUAGUCUGGUUAUGAGCCAUUCCGGUUGUGUUUUUAUCAUGUUUGUUGUUAUCACUGAUACCUAGCUUAAUUUUGCUUAUGAUAUUGAUAUAUUUCUGUUUGUUCUAUGAAGUUUGGUUGACGCCAUCCAUUACACUGUUAAAGUGAAGCUUAGCUGACUUGGCAUGAUGCUGAUCAGCAUGUGCAGUGUAAUACAAAAACCAAAAAGGCUGGACAGACUUCAAUGUAUGUAUGUGUGUGCACAUAUGUGUGUGAGAGAGACCUAUGAAGAACUAUGUAAGAGCAGUAUGAAUGUGUGUGUGCGUGUGUGUGCGCGUGCGCAUUAGUGAAACCUUUAUGAUUUAAAGGAAACUGAUGCUUCACCUUAAUAAACAACUUAAUUUCUUGUAUAAGAAAUCUGGGUUGAUUUUGGAAAAAAAACCUUCAAAUAUUGUAGGAGGGCACUGACAGAACAGAGCAAUGGUUCAAAAUGCUUAAUCUAGAAUUGUCUGUCAACAUGUUAAGAAUACCAUGUUUAUUUAAGACUGUCUUGUUUUGUUUAAAAAUAAAUUUUGAAUACAAUCA